CUUUUCUAACAUUUGUUGCAGUGGUUCAGUAAGUAGACAUUUUCUAGCUUAGAAUCUUAGGAGAUGACUCACUCUCUGCUUCUCCCAGCAGUGGCCUCGUUCCCUGGAUCCCGAAGUUCAACACCGAGCUUGUUAAGGGCUGCCCUCGCGCCACAGGUCCCCGCCAUAGAUCCAACCGUCAUCAAUGACAUUGAAGCACACGCACGGCAUAUUGCAACAUCAGUUGACACGCUCAUUGAGAAUCUCACUGGGACUCUGCAUAGUAUCUCUGCACUUACUGUUGACUGUGUGGAAACCUACAGGGAUGCAGUUUGUAAAACCUGUGAUGCUGUAGAUGCAAACAUAAAAUCUAUGUACCAGCUGAUGGCAAAGACAGAGGAGUUGAGCAAGUCGAUGAAACCUAUCUACAAACUCCAAGAACAAAUCAAAGAAGUAAGACGACUCCUCGACAUGUUUGAAAGCGCUAUCCACUCCAGCGGCUCAUGAAAGUUGUGGUCCAGUGUGCGAUCCGAGAGCCGAGAGUCAUGAGAGGGCCUCGUGACGAUCGACUCAGUGACUGCACCAAAAGGAAGGGUUAUGUGUGUGCGAAGGUGAAACUCAAGGCCGUGUGGAGCUGGGAGGGCUAAGUGAUGAAAAUAGAAUUUGAAAAAGAAAAAAAAAGAAAGAGAGAGAGAGAGA